CAUUGUUUAUGAAAACAUAUGCCGCAAAUUCGCCUUAAUGUCGCUGCUGCAAACUUAAACUUUCAAUUUCGUUGGAUUUAUAUUGUGGUUUUGCGUCGCAACUUUAAAAACAUAACACAUCGAGCAUAUUUACAGAUAUCGAAGAGAAUUAGAAUUUCUCACAAUGAGUUCCUAUUCACACGCGGAUCCUAUCGCUUUGAGUUUCAAUGAGACUUGCCUAAGGACUUCGGACGUUCAGCUAUUGUGCGGGCCUUAUUGGCUUAACGAUCAGAUCAUAUCCUUCUACUAUGAAUAUCUGGAAAGGGUGAAAUAUAAACACAAUGCAGAUUUACUAUUUAUACCGCCGGAAGUUACACAAUGCAUGAAAUUCUCAGAUGAUGGCGAAUUGGAAACCCUGUUGAAUCAGUUGGAGGCCCCGAAAAAACCCUUCAUUUUCUUUGUGGUCAACGAUAAUGAGACAACACAUGCCGGUGGCACUCACUGGUCCUUGUUGGUAUUCUCUCGGCCGGAAAAGACAUUCUUCCAUUUUGACUCGUGGGGCAACAACAACUCGAAUUGCUCACAACAGUUUGUGCAAAGAAUCAAGGAUGCCUUGAAUUGCCGAAAUUGCCAUAUGAAGCCCAUACGAUGCCUGCAACAGGCUAACGGCUAUGACUGUGGCAUCCAUGUGAUUUGUAUGACCGACAACAUAGCCGACUAUGUGAAUCGUUAUGAGUGUGUGGAGGGUGUGGGACCUCUGCAUCAGGACACGAUAUCCGCCAAACGAUCCGACCUCUUGAAACUGAUACAGUCACUGGGUGGCAAAAUCUAAUCUAAGUGAUUUUUGUUUUGAUUUUAUGAAAAACUUUUGUGUAUCUCUUAAUAUUAUUACUAUUGGUUUUUAUAAUGAUUCCCUUCAAUUUUGUAUUUUAGAUAGUAUGUAGUACUUCCCCAACUAAGUUAUGUAUGUCGGUACGAUGGCUCGAUGAUCGAUGAUUUUCCUUCCAAAUAAACAUUGGACUUGGUUGUUCUUUGGUUUUAAAUCGUAGAAGCGCCACGCGCCUUCUCCGGAUAUUAAGUGAAGACUGCUUGAGUCUUAAAUAUGAAUAACUUAUUUAUUGAUGAAAUGAAUAUUUCUAUGAAUUUCUGGCAUUUGAUUUUCACUUAUUUUUAUUUAUGAAUAUUUCUAAACACCAGCAUUUAUUCGUUUGCAUUCGUCAAAAGAAUAUGAAUUUGAUUUUAUAAUGUCUCUGAGAAGAAUUUGUUGUAUUUACCUAAAAAAAAAUAAUUUUAUUCUAUACCUAAGUGACAACUAUAUGCGUUCGUCCACACUCGUUAAUUGAUAUUUUUUUUUUUACUUGGAAAAUAAUUUCCUAAAAAAAUUGUAAAUGGUUACAACUACAGCCCGGCCAAGCGCCCUAUUAUUUGUAUUCAUUAUAUUGAUUUGUAUUAGCUGUUUGGAUUGCACCAAUCUUUUUUUUUAAUUAAAAAGCAAGAACUUUGUUCUUUUUUGUUUGUCAAAAUUUCACAUAGAAUUUAAUCUGAAACUCAAAACUUAAAUAUAUACAAGAAUAACUAUUUACAUUUAUACCAUAACAAACAUAUAUACAUAUAUUUAAAUUACAAAUACAGUAAAAUUAUCUACCUUACAGCUUCAUUUAAAAUGAAAUAAAAA